GCACUGCGGCACGGGCACCGGAAGAGCCACUUUCAACGCGUGACGAUUUGCGGACGAUGCAAUCUACCGCCGAUUUAGUUUUAGCGUCAUUCCCGGUAGAUUCGGUGUGUUCCAAACCUUAAUGCAAUGGUGCUUGAAUGUCAUCCGUGGGUGAAAUCUUCCGCGGAGUUGUACUGCACAGUAGCAAGCUACCUACUAGUAGCAUUACUAAUGCCAUUAGCUAGCAUUCGACGUGGAUGAUGGCUACCGUACACCGAGAGUCCUGCGCUAGUAGUAUCAUCCGGACUACAGAAUAAGGCGUCAUCAUUGUCAGUAAGAUACAAGCUAACCACAUAGCCUUGUAGCCUACUAGUUAUUAUAAGUAUAUUAGACUAUUAUAAUACGAACUUACUGUUAAGAUAGUUGCUGCACUAUAGAUGGCUUACAGUUAUCAUGCCAGAAUUCACUAACUGAAAUACCAUACAUGCGAUGUGGGCUGGGCAGUUUUAUAGCCUACGACAAAAGGGCAAUCCAAGGGAGUAACCAUCCUUGUUGCAAGAAGAUACUUGUUACUUUGACUAUGUGUACGCUGGUCAGCUUUUCAGUUAUUGUGACAACGGUGGAACAGACAAUGAGUUGUCUUUUAGAGUUUGUGUUUGAGAUGCUGUUUGUAAAAGCUUUCUGUAAAUAAUCUGGUUAUUCUUAUUUAUGGUUGGACAGUAAACGGUCCAUGAGUAACAACAGCUUUCUGCUUGUUGAAGGGCUUUUAAAAUAUAAAUACAUUAAUUGACCCCUGACCCAGCAGACUGACAUGAAUCGCUACUGCUCCCUAAACAACAACAACUUUCCAUAUGACAACAACGUCCUGGUUCUGGACAUGGUUCUGAGCUCCCUAUGGAACAUUCCUCAGCCCAUAAACUGGGACAAGGUGGCCAAGCUGGUCCCUGGCUUCACACCUAAGGAGUGUGCUCAGAGGUUCGAGGAGCUGAAGAGCACGGGGGGGUUCCAUCACGUGGACAACCAAUGCAACACCCUGACAGCAGGAAGCCCCUCCCCCUUGGACACCUACAUCAAAUCCACGCUAUUGGACACCACAGGAGACUCGGGGGAGAUGCAGACCAAUCAAAGCGCCAUCUCAGUAACAGGACUGGCGGUGAACCCUUCGAGAGGCAGCUCCGUUGUGGUUAGGGAGUUGGAUGCCAGCGAUUCUGGUGAGGACGGAGACAAGCUCCAGGAGGGCAAAGGGCCCAACAUGGUCAUCCACGUGUGUGAUGAGGCCAAGAACCUGAAGCAGGACUUUGUGUGUCCGCGUGACCUCCUCGUCAGCGAGAUGCGGUACUUUUCCGAGUACCUCUCGGUAGACCCCCAGCGCUGGGAGGAGGUCGACAUCUCCGUGCACUGCGACGUGCAGAUCUUCGACUGGCUCAUGAACUACGUCAAGAGGCACAAGUCGUUGGCCGACGGCAACGACAAGCCCCGGCUGGAGCCCAGCAAUGUGAUCUCAAUCCUCAUCUCCUCCGAGUUCUUGAAGAUGGACACGUUAGUGGAGGAGUGUAUUCAUUACUGCCACAAGCACAUGAGCGCCAUCGUAGCCACGUCCUGCAACAUGAGCUGUGUCAACAGCGACCUAUCCGCGCGCAUCGCCCACCUGUUCAGCCACAACGAAGCUGACGACAUCAAGGAUAAAAAAGACAAGUUCAAAAGUAAGUUAUUCCAGAAGAAGAUCGAGUGUCUGUUCGAUCCUGCCUAUAAGAACCGGGACUCCCCUGGCAACGCGUCGACUCUCUACAGAUGUGGCCUGUGCCUGAAGCUGCUGACCAAAGACACAGAAAGAAAGAUCUCCUGCAUCCCAGGGAAGAUCAACAUAGAUCCUCGGGGGGACAUCGCCUUCACUCACAGCAGGCAGAAGAGCUGGGAGGUCCAUGAUUACGUGGCAGGGCUGCACGAAGAGCUCAAGUGCUGGGUGCUGGUCUACUGGAGAAUCUGGGGCACUGUUAACCACCUCACCUGCUCCCAUUGUCGACAGGCUUUUGUGUGUACAGAUCUUUCCCAGUGUCAGUACCACCCAGAGGGUGUGUUGUACCCGGGCAUGGGGGUCGAGCCUGGCUGGCAUGGCACCGGGAUUUACCCCUGCUGUAACCAGAGGGCGCUGCGCUUUGACCCCAGUGGCAUGCCCAAGGGCUGUAAGAUGCAGGACCACAGCGUGAACAUCCCUGAUGGAGGAGACCACCAGGUCAUCUCCUCCCAGACCAGGGUACUGAACGACCUGCUGCUGCACCGGGACGCUGUGUGUUCGCCCAGAACCAGUCCGUCGGAGCCUGGGCCUGUUGAGUCCCCCUCCAGUGGUUCCGAGCGAGGGGAGCGGGUUCUGGACUCUGACAUCCUGAUAGAGCCGGGAAUUCUGGGACUUCAGAGAGGAGAAGGCAGCGCUUUCUCCCUGCUGAAGGACUGGAGUCUGCAACUGAGGCAACAGAAUCUGCUGUCUGAAGAUGAGGAGUAUACUACAGGGUCAGAGGUCACCGAGGAUGAGGUGGGUGAUGAAGAGGAGGCCAUCAAGAAACAAGCUGCUAAGAAAGCCAAGAAGUCAAGCAGACCUUUGAAGAGACAGAUGUCCUCACCCAAUUUCCAUCGCAAAGAGAAAGCAGCAGACAAAGAAACGACACCAUUGAGGUACAACACUCCAUUCGUGGUGAGUGCCCAGAAGAGUAAGUGGGACAGCUCUCGCUCCAUGCGCUACAAUCAAGAUGCCCAAAGGGAGGAAGACCAGCGACGCAUGGUGGAGAUCAUUGACCACCUGACCAAGAUGAGGUUUGGAGAUCAGGAGCAGAGGCAGUCGAAGGAGGCCAAAGAGCGGGCAGCAGGGAUCUACUCCAGGCUAGAGGCCCAGUUCAGGUCAACCUCCCAGACCAGUGGACGGACCUCUGAAAAGACACUACGAGCCAAACCCCGCUUCAGCCUCGCUCGGCCCACGUAGACACUGAAAUGAAAGGAUGGGAGAAGAGGAGGAGGAAGAAGAAGAGGAGGGAGGAGAAUGGGAUGGAGUUAGGAGAGGAGGAUGAGGAUGAAGAAAAGGAGAGGAACACAGAUCUUGACUUGAGAACCCAGUGGUGUUAACUGAUUGACAUGGGCACUGCCAGACUGGAAGCAGCCAGUAACCUCCUCCAGCAACCUCCUCCAGUAACCUCCUUCUUCCAUGUCUCCUUGCUUGCUCUCUGACGCCUCCUGCUGUUGCUUCAUCUGAGCUUGUAUUCUGCUUUUUAGGAUGUCUUUUAUAUUUGACAGGGGGGACCUUAUCCUAGAUCAGGGAUCUGAGGCACUUCAUCAGUCCUGCAUUAAUCCCCUUCAGUCCAGAAGGACUUUUUGACCCCCUUGGCGCCCAGUUCUGUCACCCUCAGCCGGACUCACGCAACCCUAUAUCGGUCACCUCCUGCCAGUUACAUCUUUUCCUACCUCCUUAAACUUCCAUGUAGAUAGCUGCAGUAGAUCACCCAGCUCUGAGCACGUAUGCCUAGAAUAACCUACACCAAUGUAGAACCUAGCUUGUGGUAAGGAAUGGUAGUUAGAGGUGGGCAGGUACUGAUCCUGCUGUUUCUAUUUCUGUGCUGGCUGUGCCGUGGGCUAUGGGGACCAUGGAUGGACCACUGAGUCUGAAUUAAAGUUGGCAUUCUCACCAGU